GAUGGCGACGCAGCUUCCAGCGAGAAGGUGAACAACGCUCUGAUGCACCUGCGAAAGAUUGUGCUGCAUCCGUACCUGUUCGAAGAGUCGGGCUGGAAGAUGAACGAAGACCUGUACAGGACGUCGGGGAAGAUGGAGUGCCUCGAUCGCAUGCUGGCCAAGCUCCUCCCGUUCGGUCACAAGAUCCUAAUCUUCUCGCAGUUCACUACCAUGCUCGACAUACUCGAGGACUUCCUCCACUGGCGCGGCAUCGCCGCGGUUCGGCUCGACGGCCAGACGCCGCACGCGGAGCGGCAGGAGCGCAUGCGGCGCUUCGCCGAGCAGCCAGGGCUCUCCGUGUUCCUGCUGUCCUCGAGGGCCGGCGGCCUCGGGCUCAACCUGCAGGCGGCCGACACGGUGAUCCUGUUCGACCUCGACUGGAACCCGCAGAACGACAAGCAGGCGGUCGCCCGAGCCCACCGCGUGGGCCAGACGCGGGAGGUGCGGGUGGUGCGGCUGCUGUCCGACUCGCCAGUGGAGAGGCACAUCGAGCAGAGGUGCGCGGAGAAGCUGGGCGUGGAGCAGAAGGUCCUCGUGGCUGGCAGGUUCCAGCGCUCCGCCAGCACGGACGACCGGGGCGCUGCGCUGCGGGCGGCCAUAGGCCUGCAGGAGGCCUCGGCCGCGGGCGCCGGCGGAGCCUCGGGCUGGGGGCCAGGGGGCGGCACCACGUCGCCGGAGGAGCUGAACGGGCUGCUGGCCAGGGGCGAGGAGGAGCUGGAAGCCUUCACCGCCGUCGACGCGCAGUUGCUCGGCCCCCCUCGCCCCAGCGUGGACGUUGCGCGCGUGCUCUUGGACUCUGGUCGGCUGAUGGCGCCCUCCGAGGUGCCAGCGGGCUUCUCGACGGCCAGCGGGUGAGCGCCCCUAGGGGCCCCGUUCGCCGGAGCCGGGCGCCAGCUGCCGUCAGCGGAUGCGCCCGGCCCUGGUCGCUGGCUUCAGGGGCAGCGAUAGGAUUGGAGUUGCUCUUCACCUUCAGCUUCCUCGUUGGCCUGAUCGUUGACUAUUUUGGUUGGGAGUUUCUGGGCCCCCCUGAGAUGGUUGAGGCCUCGGAGGCGGUGGGUGCUGCGAUGCGUUUCGCCGACGAGUUCCUGGGCCCCGAAUCGGACACCUUGUCGCCUCCUGCUCGUGCUGCGGUCGAUAAGUUUGUGGCGGUUCAGCGCGCGAUGGCCCUUCACCUGCUGCGGCGCGACCCGGUCGCCUACGCCGCGCGUGCCGCCGCCGCGGCCUCGGGUGCCGCCGUGGCGCCUGGCCGUCCCGAAGAAGGCGCCCGCGGAGGCGGACCUGGCGGCGGCGGCACUGUCGACGUGGGCGCCGACGGUCCCGGUGGCAGGGCCGGCUUGGCCCACGCGGCCGCAGCGCCGGAGGGCGCCGCCGUGGGGCCCGCGCCUGCGGCGGCUGCGGUGCCGCCUGCCGCGGAGGGGCGCGCGCAGCGGCGGACGCGGACUGGUCGGGGGCCUUCCUGGCGCUGGCCCUGGCGGUGCAUGCCAACGACGCGCUACGGCGCGAUCUUCCGCUCCGGAGUGUCCACGCAAGGGGAGCCGUAG